AUGAGAGGCUACACGCUAAUAGUGGAAGCCCGCUCCGAAAUACAUUCAUUUGUUAGCCGCUUUCCGGAAGCAGAGGACGAAGCCCUCGAUCUCCUUCUCGACGAGCUCCACCACUCCUCCCUGAAGUCUUCGAUACUGGAUAAGGAGUCGGUGCACCGAGUUGUGAGUCUUUUGCUGGAAGCCGAGGCUGCAGUGGAGGAGAGCCCAACAAGUAGUGAUUAUGGUUCAGCAGCUUCUGCUCUUCGGAUAAUUCAUGCAUUUGAUUUCCCCAAAUUUCAUUACGACCCUAUCAAGAAGAAUUUUCACGAACAUACAGGGAAGCUUCCAAUUCACGGCGAUGCAUCCGCCAAAGCCACAUUAUACAGGGAUAGGUUUCUCUUGUUGUUUCAGAGGCUUUCUCGUGACCCCCAUUUUUCUAGGCCAGUUUUUGAUACUGAUAUUUCUGAUUACGGAAGCUGUCAGAUAUCUACAAUUCAAUCUCUGGUUGGGCAAACAGGGAAAAGAUGGGUGAUGGGUUUGAUAUCUCAACUGGAGGAUGGUCAUUUCUACUUGGAAGACUUGACUGCAGCUGUGGAAAUUGAUUUAUUCAAUGCAAUAUCCUUUGCUAUUUCAGUUCAUCAUCUAUUUUCUUCACCGAGUUUUGAUACAUACAGCUAG